GCUGCUGCGUUCAUUCGUUUUAAAAUUACAAUGGCUUACGGGCCGGUCCCUGUUAAUAAGAAGGUUGAGUUCCGAAUCCCAUUGAUCCCGAAACAUCAACGCUGUCUGAAAUGUGGGGAUAACUGUCCCGGCCUAGAGCUACAUUACUGGAGAAAAAUCUGCAAGAAUUGCCGGUGUUCCAGAGAGGACCAUGAUCUCCAUGGAAACGAGAGUGAUGAUGGUCAGCCAAUAGGAUUGUUUCUGGAUAGUAUACCACGCCCUACUGGUAGCAGCAGCCAAUCAACGAGUAGACCCCGCACAUCUGACCUUCCGGUCCUCACGUCUCCAGGAUCCACGAACGGUCGAUUUACGGAGAAUUCUGGGACAGCUUAUGUAGACGAUCCUAAGACACUAACUGACAUAUAUGGAUUUGAGACAGAUGUUGUGUUAUCUAGAGUUAUCUCGGAAAAUAUAAGAUCCCAGAAGUACAUAUCAAUGAUGCCCCCAGACAAACAGUUUUUCGCUGCCCAGCUGAGGAGGAAACAGCUCCAAAAACAACUCCCCCUACAUGACCUUCACCCUAAAUUCUGCAGCAGCCUGACGGAAAACGAACUCUUCAAAUUCCAGAAAUUCUGUAACAAGCGAAAGCUUAAAGCGGCGGGAGUGGGGCGGAUCAUGGAAGUUAAAGAGGCGACUAACUUUAGGUGUCAUCGCUGCAUUAAAGACAUUAUUAGCGGUGGAUUUUGUGUUUCUACUGAUCAUUUUGGUUCUGCCACAGCGUGGCAUCCAGGCUGUUUUACAUGCGCGACCUGUAACGAACUUCUGGUAGACAUGGUAUACUUCACAAGAAACGAGGAAAUAUACUGCGAACGACAUUAUGCUGAUACGAUAUACCCGCGGUGCGCUGCAUGCGACGAGAUCAUUCUCGCACGUGAAUACACACAGGCUGAGAAACAAACAUGGCACGUUGAACAUUUCUGCUGUUGGAACUGUGAUGCGCCCCUAGCGGGGCAAAGAUAUAUUGCCAAGGACGGCAAUCCUUUCUGCAUGAUAUGUUUCGAUACAUUGUAUAGCAAGACAUGUAAAACCUGUCGGAGAACUAUAACGGCAGAUUCUCCCGGACUUUCUCACGGGGAAUACCACUGGCAUGCCUGUCCACAUUGUUUUAGUUGUCAUGGAUGUGGGCGUAACCUAAUUAACCAACAGUUCCUCCUUAAAGAUGGACAACUCUUUUGUUCUGUGGACUGUAAACAGCUAACAAUGACAAUUGAUUGGUCUCAAAAUGGAAUUCAAAAUUUGCAUAUUCAUUGACAUAAACUUUACAUGAGUAACAUGACAAUAGAAAAAUUAUUAUUAUUUUUUUGUUUGUUUUCAGAAGAAAAAUAAAACUUCAUUCAAAUAUUUCCGAUAG